AGAGUCCAGGGCAGGGCCAGGAGGGCCUGGCCCUCCAAGGUAAAUCCCUCCCUCCAGGCCUGCUGCAUCUAUAGGACUGCUGGGGAGGCCCCAGUCCCUCUGAGACCAGGAGGCCAGACUCUCCUCACAGGGCGGUGGUCGGCUGGCUCAGGACCCUCUCGUCUUCUCCAGUGACGGAAGCAGGAAAGUAGGAGGCUUGAUCCCUCAGGUGCCUUUGGCCCUCCCUCCCCACCCCCAGGAGGCUGGUCCUGGGCUCCAGCUCCAGAGCAGCACGGGCUGGCAGGAUGAGCCGUCUGGGGACACAGGGGAGCAGAGAGCCCUGCAGGUGCUAAGUGGGUUGUCGGGGACUCAGCCAGGAGGAACAUCAGGCUGGGAGAGCCCUCGCUACCCCUGUCCCUACCCUGCCCCUGCUCUGAAACCAGAGUCCCUGCUUGGCGUGGGCAUGACAGCAAGAGGCCACCCUCCUGCCCAGGCUAACACUGACCCCGAGCUGCUCCUCGCCUGGACAGGAUGAGAAUGUCAGUACUACUUCGCCUCCUGGCCCUCAUUUUUGUGCUGAUCACCUCAUGGGUCAUUGUCCGCAGCUAUAUCAGCUUCAGCUGGAAAACCAUCCGUCUGCCCCGCUGGCUGGCAGGUUCAGUCUCCAAGAAGACCCGGGUCGUGAGGAACAAGUGUGACCUCAGCAAGCCCUGCCCAAACAAUUUCUUUGCGUUUAAAAUCCUCAGCGGGGCCGCCAACGUCGUGGGCCCUUCCAUGUGCUUCGAAGGCCACAUGAUCAUGAGCCCUGUGAAAGACAACGUGGGCAGGGGCCUGAACAUUGCCCUGGUGAAUGGAUCCACGGGAACAGUGCUGAGACAGAGCUUUUUUGACAUGUACUCUGGAGAUCCUAUGCUCCUGGUGAAAUUCCUUAAAGAAAUCACAGAGGACAUGCUUGUGCUAGUGGCCUCCUACGAUGACCCAGGGACCAAAAUGAACGAUGAGCUCCGGGCGCUCUUCUCCAACUUGGGCAGCUCCUACGCCAAGCAACUGGGCUUCCGGGACAGCUGGGUCUUCUUAGGGGCAAAAGACAUCAAGAGUAACAGCCCCUUUGAGCAGUUCUUAAAGAACGACCCCAACACCAACAAAUACGAGGGCUGGCCAGAGCUGCUAGAGCUGGAGGGCUGCGUGCCCAGGAAGACAUUCUAGGGCUACUGCAGCUCCUCCCGGGUUGCAAGAGCUGGACUGGCUGGAGCUGAAGGACAGCGAGGACGAGGGACCAAGAGACUGUUGCAGCCGUGUGGAGCACUGAGGGUCCAUGCACUCUCUGCGCACUUCCCCUUUUCAGGAACAAAGCCUCGCCUUGGCUGAGGCACUGUCCCACCUAGAGGGGGCCAGCCUCAGAGGAUCCUCCUGGGGCUGCUGCCUGUGGAGAGAACAGGUGGACUUUCCCUCAAGGUCUCUGACUGUUGCCCCUGAGAAAGGAUGGGCUCUCCACACCAAGGCAGAAUUAAACUUUAUUAUUGCUGACACUGAA